UUUAGCACGUGUUUUAUAAACAAAAAUAUUAAAUAUAAAAUUAAAAAUUACAAAAAUGGACAGUGUAAAGGAACUAAUACAGUUUAUGCAGCCUAAACAACGUCUGGACCUCAAGGCAGUGGCCUUAACACAUGUUUUGGGACUUACUGGAAGCUCAGACGGCAAGGCGGCUAUUCUCUCACUGGACGACAUGCUGAUGGCCAUAUUCGGUCUCACUUUUGACGAGAAUCAGACGGUGGCCAAGGAUGCUGUGCUCACCCUGAUCAAUUUAACAGCCGAGGAAGAAGGAGCUCUCAAAAUCUUUGCAUUGGCUAAACAGAUACAACCUACCUUUGCCAUUGUGGACAUAGCUUCGAAACAAAUAUGCGAUGAACAGGCCGGCCUCGCCGAUGCUUGGAGUAUGGUGCUCAGUAAUUUGACUCGUUGUGAAUCUUUGGUCCCUGAAAUUCUUAAUCAACUGGAGGCGACUCUACCUCAAUUGGCCAAAGCCUUUGCCAAAUUGGAUUAUAACAAAAAGAAUUGUAAAUUGCAUUAUCUGGCGCCAAUAUUCUGUAAUCUCACGCAGGUCUCGCGAGGACGAGAACUGUGUUGCCAUGCUCGAUAUCAGCUGCUAGAAAAACUCCUGCCAUUUGCCUCCUUUGAGGAGAAUGUAGUACGCCGUGGCGGCACUAUUGGCAUCUUAAAAAAUGUCUGCUUCGAUUCGGUAUAUCAUGAUAUAAUACUAAAUGAAGGAGAUAAUAUAUUAGUGGCCAUACUGCAACCACUGUGCGGACCCGAAGAGUUCAAUGAUGAGGAUAAUGACAAAUUGCCUAUUGAAUUACAGUACCUGCCCGAGACUAAGACACGAGAAACGGAUCCAGAUUUGCGUAAAAUGCUCUUGGAAUGUUUGCUACAACUUUGCGCCACUCGCCGCACCAGAGAGAUUUUGCGUGCCAAAGGUGUCUAUGAAAUAUUAAGGGAAUACCACAAAUGGGAAGCUAAACUUGGACGCGAUAGCGAGUGCCUAUUGGCCUGUGAAAACGUGGUGGACAUUCUGAUCAAGAAAGAGGAUGAGAUUGGUCUGGAUAAUUAUAAAACUAUUGAAGUAUCAGCUGAGCAAUCGGAAAAGUUUGUCCAAGAAGAUGCUGCCUAUGUGAAAAGUCUGUUAGAUUAAUUCGUUGACUCUCUUUUUUGUACAUAAUCUUAGAAUUAAUAAACAACAAAAAUAACAAAGCAUUCUCGCGAAAUUGAAA